AUGUGUGAAAUCGGCGAUCCUGGAGUCAUGGCUGACUCCGUGAAGACCUUCCAGUCCCACCUUACUUCGGUUAUGGAUAGCCUGGUUAGGGCGUCGGUGUGUGAGAUCACGAAGCUAUUUCAGGAUACUGUCAACGAUUACCUGGUGGAGAUAUCACUGAACAGGAAGGAAAACGAGGCCCUGAAGUUAAGGCUAAGAUUGACUGAAAACAAACUGAGAAAUGAACGGAAAUACGGGAUGGGGUGGGCAGCGAGCCGGCGCAGCUCCAGCCUUCUGGUAUCAGACGAGAGUGGGCGGAAAAAACGAAAAAUUGAAAUGAGUAGAGUUAAGCAGAGGACAGGUGGUACUUUUGAUAAGGACUGGCCAGCUAACCCUUGGGAGGCAGGGAGCGCCCCCACAGGGGAGACUGGUGAGGAGCCACGAGACGUGUACCUUGUCCAACUCCCGGGAGGAGGCGAAGAGGAGGAGGAAGACGAAUGUGCCCGCAGAUCAACGGAAGAGACCACCAACAUCAAAGAGGAGUCCACAGAAAUGGAGGGAGGAUACAGACCCGAAUCUCUUCGACUGAUACACGAAGCACUUCAAAUGGAUCCGGUUGACCCAAACCUUGGAAAUUCAAACCCUGUGGCUGGAGUUCCCGUGUCCCGGGAAAGGGCUGCUAUGGAACAACCUCAUUGUCAGAAUGAGUGGGGCACACAGCUUACAUCUGCUGAUGGUCCUGAGAAGUUCACAGAGCAACACAGGGCCAGACAUGGUAUGGAGGAGCUCAGCGGGUUGGAAACCGCCUUGAAGGCCGAGCGCAGCAGCGAACAUCCGGCCCCCAGACUCAACCAGACGGUAUCUGAACAUAACAACGAAGACUUUGGCAUCCAGGCUUCGGAAAGUAUAGUUAACGCUCUGGGAGACCUGGAAUAUGUUAUGGCUCAGAAGUACAUUGGACUGGAUGGCUUGUGCAGCUCCGAGCAAGAAUCUGGACUUCAGGCUGGCCAGCCAGCUGACAGGGACACCGAUGGCCUGCUGGAGAUGCACAGUCGACUGGGGCCUGUGCUUCCUCAUGUAGAGGUCCGAGGAUUCGCUUCCAUGCGUGUCAAAGAUGGUCUUAGGUCGCUCUCUGCAGUUGGUGGGGAGCUGAGGUCCAAUUGGCUGAAGAGAAUGAGGGAGGGAGAAGGGGGGAGUGUAGAGAGAUUGGCUGCACAGCCUGCUCAGAUAGAGCAGGGGUCAGGGGGCACCCACAUCACCCAGCCUGUGAGUGGGAAUGUAGUUGAACCUAGUGGAGAUCCGGGGGAAUUUGUUCAUCUUUGCAACCAUUGUGGUAAUACCUUUAAUACAGCUGCUGACUUGGAAGACCACCCAUGCCUUCAUUCUGCCCAAAACCAGCAACACAGCUGCACUCUGUGCAGGAAGAGCUUCAGCCAGGCCUCUCAGCUGCGGGCCCACAUGCGUCUGCACACUGCGGAGGCCGAGGAGAGACCCUACCGCUGCACCCAGUGCAGUCGAUCAUUCAGCCAGUCCUGGAACCUCAAGAACCACGAAUGCGUUAAUUCCGAGGAGAGGCCGCACCGGUGCGAGUUGUGCGGGAAGCGCUUCACCCAUUCACGCUCCCUCGAGAGACAUCAGCUGGUGCACACUGGUGAGAGACCCCACCGAUGUCCUCAGUGUGGACGCAGUUUCAGCCGCCUGGGUAAUCUGGAGCGACACCAGCGUAUUCACACAGGGGAGAGACCUUACGGCUGUGCUGCUUGUGGAAAGCGGUUCAGCCGCGUGGAAUACCUAAGGAGACACCAGCAGAUUCACACCGGAGAGAGGUCGGCACACCAGUGCGGUCACUGCGGGAAAUCUUUCAGUGAGGCAGAACAACUGAAAAAUCACCAAUGUUUUUAUAACAUUUAGUAGGAAUCCUUUAGUAUUUAUUCUAAUGGUGACUAUUUCACACAGCCAUUUAAAUCGAGUUUGCAGCAUUCAUUGGGUGAAAAAAAACCUUUUUGGAAGAAAUUCACAGGUGUAUGUUUUGUGACAUAAAUGACAGUGGUGGAUUUGGUAGAUAAGUGAAGUUUUGGAUUCUAAGAAAAAUGGCGUAGUACUUUAUUUAUAAUAUUUAGAAUUUAUCCGUUCAGUUUAAUAAUCAUCAGAGAAAAUGUAUACCAUUGUUUUAUUCAAUGUUGCUGUUUAAUACAAAUUUUCUCUUUUGUAUUAUUUCUUGCGUAUUACAUUAAUAAAUGUAAAAUGUUAUAUUGG